AUGGAUUGGGACGGAGAGGACCUAAUCCAGUUCUCCCCUGUUAGACAGGACGAGGACUGCGUCGGCCUGCCUCCUGCCGUUAAUUGUGACUUUGGCGGGCGUCCUCGAGAAAGCCAGACUCAAGCUUCUGAUGAUGGCGCGGUAGGAGAGAACCUUUUUACUGGCUUGGCCUCGUCUAUGGAAUAUCCACGUUACCUGCUCUCGAACCGUCCCGAACCACACUCCGAUCACCUCUUUUCCAAGAUGGGAAGUCGCGAGGCCAUGAUCGUUCAGUCGGACGAUGUCUUUGCUCCUGCUAGUGAAAGCAAGACGGAGUAUCUCGACUUUCCCCCCUCGCCAGAUAUCGAAGCUCUGGAUUCCAUGAAUGCGGUGGUGGAUAAAGACAGGGAUGUCGCCGACAUUGAAGACAAUGGGGAGAAGUAUCGGCUCGUGUCGGCGCCCGCCGUGCCGAAACGCGUCUCGGAGAGGAAGCGGACUGAUGCUGCGAUUUUCGAGGCGUGGCUUAGGACUAAGGAGAAGAGCCAGGCUUUUAAGAAGCAGCGCAUUGAAAGUCAGAGUCGGCGAAUUGUGGAUUCGCCUCGCGAGUAUCAGAUUGAGUUGUUUGAGAGGGCCAAGGAGAAGAACACAAUCAUCGUCCUUGAUACUGGUUCCGGCAAAACCCUUAUUGCCAUUCUUCUCCUUCGACAUGCCAUUGAGCAUGAACUAGAGCGUCGGGCCGCCGGAUAUGACCCCAAGAUAUCCUUCUUCCUUGUUGACAAGGUCGCCCUCGUGGACCAGCAGUGGUCUGCGUUAGUUGCAAACCUCCCCUAUGCAGUUGCCAGAUUCUUCGGAAAGGAACUAGACAGCAACUGGAACCUGGACUUCUGGAGGAAGGCAUUUGAUGAAAACAAGGUUAUUGUCUGCACGGCGGCGAUUCUCCAAAAAGCCUUGUCACAUUCCUUCAUCAAAAUGAAGCAGAUCAACCUCCUCAUCAUUGAUGAGGCCCAUCAUGCCAAGAAAAACCACCCCUACGCCCGAAUCAUCAAGGACUAUUACCUAAAGGAGAAAGAUAUCCAAGACCGACCUCGAAUUCUGGGGAUGACUGCCUCUCCUGUGGACGGCAAAGCCGACAUCCAGGCCGCCGCGGAGCAGCUUGAGGCGCUCCUGUGCAGCCAGAUUGCCACCGUAUCCACGGGCAAAUUGAAUGACGAGAUGGGAAUCAGAGUCCACGACGACGUCGUGCUCGAGUUCAAGAAGCUAGAGAAACGCUUCGACACUUCCCUCGUCAAGAGCAUUGGGCCGCUUAUCAAAUACAAUCCCAUGUUCACCAAGCACGUUGAAUUCUCCAAGGUAUGCACCUACGAGUUGGGCCCGUGGUGCACAGAUCGGUUCUGGAAACUGUGCUUUGCGGACGGCGAGAUGCCGCAACUCAUCGCCAAGGCAGAGGCGGUGGCCCAGCAGACGUUUGGCCAGAUCCCUUUUCUCCCGGACGGCAUGGACCCGGUUUCCGCAAUCCACAAGCUCGGCGAAGUCAUGCGCGAGCACUCACUGAGGUCUCUCGAGAGGGUGAGCAGGGACCUUUCUUCUAAGACGCUGCUUCUGCUUAGGAAGCUGGAGGAGUACUUUACGCGUCCGAGCGACCAUAAGUGCAUUAUAUUUGUCGAGAGACGGCGAACGGCGGUGAUGCUGGUGGAGAUUUGCCAGCAAUUGAGCAACCAGUUCCCCUAUCUGAAACCUGGAUAUUUGAUCGGACACAGCAAUGACAUGGGUCUGGCCGGUAUGAGCUACCGAGACGCCGUGCUAGCGAUUCACAGGUUUAGAAAGAGUGAAAUUAACUGCCUGUUUGCAAGCUCCAUUGCUGAGGAGGGAAUUGAUAUUCCCGACUGCGACAUCAUCAUUCGUUUCGAUGUGUGCCAAUCAAUGAUCCAAUACAUUCAAUCCAAGGGUCGGGCUCGGCAUCACCAGUCAGUCUACAUCAACAUGGUCGAGGAAGGAAACCACACCCAGGCUACGAGACUAGCUCAGGCUUCUCACGACACCACUAUCCUUCGUAAAUUCUGUUCGAAGCUUCCCGAGAAUCGUCGCCUCGAUUCGAACCAGAGCCGCUUCAUCGACUGGCAAGGAGAUUUGGGCUUCAAGACAUACAUCAUCAAAGAGACGGGGGCCACGCUCACCCUGAGCCAGAGUCUCAACGUCCUUGAUGCCUUUACCGCCAGCUUCCAGGAACCAAGCGGUCCUCCCAUUGUACCCCAGUACGCCAUCACGAAGGUGGGUAAAAUGUGGGUGGCGCAAGUGAACCUUCCGGAGCAGUUUCCUAUACGGUCGAUCCUGGGUGAAGAGCACAAGAGUAAGCAGGCGGCCAAGUGCUCAGCGGCCUUCACCAUGUGCCUCGAGCUGAUAAAGAAGCAAUUCAUCAAUACUCAUCUGCAGCCGACCAUGAAGAAGAGGCUGCCCGCCAUGAGAAACGCUCGACUCAAGCUGAGUGAGAACAAGCGCCAGCAAUACAAGAUGUUGCUCAAGCCGAGUCUCUGGUCCACAGACCUGGGACAGCCCGGGCGUCUUUACGGCCUCGCGCUGGUCUUGGAGAAUCCGGGGGCAAUCGGUCGGGCGAGUUGUCCAUUAGUUCUCCUCUCUAGGAUGAAACUGCCUGCCCUUCCUGAUGUCCCGCUUUUCUUCGGGGCGGGAAAGAAUUCUGUUGUCAAGCCGGUGCAGCUUGAUGAGCCUAUGACGAUUGCCGGAGCCGAGGACGAAGAGCGAUUGGAAGGUCUCAGGACGUUCACGCUUCGGAUUUUUGAUGAUGUGUUCAGCAAGAGUUUCGACGCAACCGCCGCGGAGUUGCCGUAUUUCCUCGCUCCGUGUUCUAAGCCCCACGCACAUGAGUUCGCCGAGGUCCACAACCCCAAAGAAGCCAUCGACUGGGCAGCAAUCGAUGUGGUCAAAUCUAAUGAGAGACUUGAGAUCAGUGAAGGCGACGACCCGGUUGAGUUUUACCGGGACAGGUACGUUACAGACCCAUACAGCGGAUCACGAAAGCUCUACUCGAUCGGUGUCCGCGAGGACCUUAAGCCUCUGGAUCCUGUCCCCGAGGGAGUGCCCCCUCCGGCAUUCAGGGGAUGGAAAACGGUGGAGCAUAACAUCAAGGAGUACAGUAUCAGCAUCUGGUCGCGCACGAGGGCGCAGAGAACCUGGAAAGAGGACCAGCCCGUUGUCGAGGCCGAACUUGUCUCGCUCCGACGUAAUCUACUUGACAACUUUGAAGAUGACGACAAUGAGCCGAAGACUUGUUUCGUGAUCAUGGAGCCGCUUCACGUCUCUGCGCUCCCUGUCCAGGCUGUGGCCAUGGCCUUUACGUUCCCCGCUAUUAUUCACCGGAUCGACUCGGUUCUCAUCGCUCUGGAGGCAGCCGACAAGCUUGGGCUUAAGAUUCGAUCUGACUUGGCUCUUGAGGCGGUUACAAAGGAUAGCGAUAAUACCAAUGAGCAUGGUGAACACCAAGUCAACUUCCAGGGAGGAAUGGGUAGAAACUAUGAACGAGCGGAGUUCCUCGGUGACGCCUUCCUCAAGAUGGCCACGACAAUCGUCAUGUUUACGCAGCGUCCAGACAAGGACGAAUUUGAUUACCAUGUCGAGCGUAUGCUGUUGCUUUGCAACCAGAACCUGUUUAACACCGCGGUGGAUAUGGGUCUCCAGGAGUAUGUUCGGUCCAAGUCGUUCAACCGUCGAACGUGGUAUCCCGCCGGUUUGCGGCUUGCGAAGGGAAAGGCACCUCAGGAAGAGGCUGGCCACUCGUUGGCCGACAAGAGCCUUGCAGACGUGUGCGAGGCGUUCAUCGGCGCUGCGUACUUAUCCUACUCAAACGAGGAGGUCGACAAGGACUCGAGCAAGAUGCCAGACUUUGACAUGGCCGUCAAGGCAGUCACGGCCGUGGUCAAGAGCAAGAAGCACCAGAUGCAGUCCUGGAGUGAUUACUUUUCGGAUUACAAGGUUCCAGACUGGCAGGCGAUAGAGCCGUCAGCUUCGCAGGUGGAAGUAGCCAAGCUCGUUCAGCGAAAUCUCGGCUACGAAUUCAAGUAUCCAGCUCUCCUCCGGAGCGCGUUCAAGCACCCAUCGUACCCUUACGAGAAGAUUCCCAACUACCAGCGGCUGGAGUUUCUAGGAGACGCGAUCCUCGAUAUGGUCUGUGUGGAUUUCCUCUUCAAGAAGUUCCCGGACGCCGACCCGCAGUGGCUCACGGAGCACAAGACGGCCAUGGUAUCCAACCAGUUCCUCGGGUGCCUCUGCGUCGAGCUGGGCCUGCACCGCCACAUGCUCUCGAUCCACGCGGCCCUUAUGCAGAGCGUCAAGACGUACGCCGAGGACAUCGAGCUCGCGCGCCAAGAGGCGAUAGAGACGGCGCGGUCCGAGCGGGGAGGCAAGAAGGACAAGUACAAGCGCAGCUUCUGGGUUAACGUCCCGUCGGCCCCCAAGUGCCUCCCCGACAUCGUCGAAGCCUACGUGGGCGCCAUGUUUGUGGAUUCCGGUUUUGACUACACGCGGGUCCGGCAGUUUUUCGAGCGACACAUCCGCCCCUACUUUGAAGACAUGUCUCUCUACGACUCGUUCGCCUACAGCCACCCCGUGACGAUCAUGGCGCACCGACUCGCACAGGAGUUCGGGUGCAAGGAGUGGCGCGUACUCGUCAAGGAGGACGCCCCCGAGGCGGAGGAGGCCGGAGUGGGAUGUCUCACGGAUACGGAUGUGGUUGCCGGCGUGCUCAUCCAUGGCGUGGUGUUCGCCGCUGGCAGGGGUGAGAGCGGCAGAUUUGCCAAGAAGGACGCGGCCAAGGUGGCGUUGGGCUACUUGGAUGAGAUUAAGCUGGAGGAAUUUAAGGAGCGAUUUAGGUGCGAGUGCACGGUGGAGGAUGGGGCUGCGGUGUCGAUGGAGCAGCAUGGAACUGCGAUUUAG